CAGAUUAUGUAUGGUGCUCUAUUGAGAUAUGGAGAAGUCCUAUAUUUCUUCCAGCAUAAAGCUAACAACACCAUGCACACCCUCACAAUGGUCUCUCUUUAUGGGCUUGAGAAUGAGUUUUUGCUUGCAGAAUCAUCGGGUACUGUUUGGGUGUGCCAAGCACAAGGGAAUAACACCCUUGUUGUGAUCAAUGUUAAAACAAUCUUGACAUGUGUUGCAAUGGUAUUAUACAUAUUCUUAAUCCCAGAUACUGAUCUUCUGCAGUUAUAUCUUGCCAUGGACAAGCUUGGUGCAGACAUCGGGAAUAUGGGAGGAGCAAGUGAGAAUGACAAUAAUGUUAGUGAUGAUGACAAUGACCACGAUGAGGUGCUGCCAGUUGGUGUAUAA